GUGGCACCUGAAUGCACCUUCGUAUCGAUGAAUAUGCCCUCGAUACAACGACAGACAGCAGUUUGCACCAAUCAGCGACCGUCUGUCCCGCCCAACGGAAAGUGCUGCUUUUUGACCAAUGGAGCUCUUCGCAUUGAACCACGUGCCGGUUUCGCGGCAAAAAAGAUUUCGCGCGAAAACUGUCCCAGUCUUGUUUAGAUGUAGAUCAGCUGGGGACAAUAACAACAAUAACAGCCGUUAACGGGGUCGCAACUGCGCUUUUAUAAAUGGACCGCGCCCGUCGCGAGGAACCGACGGACCGGCCGCUGCUUCUUUAGAGGAUGAGUUUAUAUUUCGCCGGUUUAUUUGUUACAUUUCCAGUUUUGUCAAGACUGCUUCCUGCGUGCCGCAACUAAACAAGGGGGUUGAAGAACUGCAGCUAAUAAUUCAGCUAGCAUGCUAAUCCGCCUUUUAUGUCCAUAUGCUAUGAUAUCGGGUAAUAUUCCGCCGAGCUCACUGUCGCAUCAUCACGUGGACUCUUAAGAAACGCGUUUGGACUUAUUGAUGAUGUAUUUUGCAUCGUGGACGUUUGAGUCCGGUAGCUCCUGGAAUGCUGCUAAAAAGUUGUAAUAGCCAUUUACCAGACCCCCGCCUGACGUGUGGUGAUAAAUAACAAUGCUUUAAUGACUUUGUUCUUAAUGAACAGCUAGUUUGUCGGCCGCGCGUGUUUGUUUGUUAACUUGUGUCGGUCGCGGGACACGAGCUAGCCGCGCUAGCAGGCUCGGCGCGGCCAGGCCUCGCGGAUCUACUGUAUCGUCACUGACAGGACAGAUGAAAACAAAAGAUUAGCCUGCUAGCUCGCUAACUGCCCCCCGCCCCCCCCACACUCUCCCCCCACUCCUCCCCCCCGGGGCGUUUAUAGCAGCCACGGCUCUUUCUCUGCUAACAUGUCAGCUGCUGGUCCCCGGAGGUCGUAGCCGGAAUGUUUAGAUGUUCAACAACAAUCGUUUAUUUGCCAAAUUUGCCGUCUGGCAGAACCUCCCGUGUGGCCUUUUCCCCACCAGCCCCAUAUUGGUUUUUCAGCAGUUAGCUUACCCGAGGUUAUUACUUAUGUUUAACUAAACGUAGUAAUAAGUAGCUUGAAACAAAAAGGAAUAAGACGCAAAAUAAGGCAAGGAGAACUUUAAUAGAAAGAAAUGUUCGGCCUGCCUGUAAUCGCCUUGGAACAAACUUUCAAAAGGUUCCAUCGCUGCUCGUUAAAUCCCCGGACCACAGCCAAUCCAAGUGGGUGUUGAAAGACAAAACUGCAGCCUCCUCGCUCGCCCCUGAAGCCCAGUGGAGCGGUGACCCCCGGUGACCCUGCACCAUGUCAGAGACUCUGAUAACGGGCCAGACAUCGGAGGAUCUGUUGGUCGACUUUGAGACUUUGCUGAACUCCGGCAGCAUCGACCUGAGCCAGAACCACCAGAUAGUGAUCAUCACCAGCCCCGGCAGUGAGGGGCUCCACCCGGCCUCCGUCCCCACCAGCACGGGGGAGAUCCUGCUGUUUGCCACGCCGCAGGGCUCCGUCGACGUGGGGGUCCAGGACAAGAGACGGCCGGCUCUGGGGAGACCUCCGGUAAAGAGGAAGUUGGACCUGGACAGCGACCAUCAGUACGUCAGCACAACUCGACCGUCCAUAGGCCAAGCACCACCCUCCACCCCUGCUCCUCCCAGAGUUCCCCGAACUGCGACGGAAAAGUCCCGCUACGACACCUCCUUGAACCUGACCACCAAGCGCUUUCUCAACCUGCUUUCCCAGUCGGCCGACGGCGUGGUGGAUCUCAACUGGGCCUCGCAGGUCUUGGAUGUCCAGAAGAGACGCAUCUACGACAUAACCAACGUCCUGGAGGGAAUUCAGCUCAUCUCCAAGAAGUCCAAGAACAACAUCCAGUGGCUGGGGAAUCGAGUUGAUGCAGCGUUGGUUUCCCGCCAAAAGGACUUGCACGGAGAGGUGUGUGACCUCAAGGACGCCGAAGAGCAGCUGGACCAGCUCAUUUCCAAAUGCAACCUGCAGCUCCGACUGCUCACAGAGGACACGCAGAACAAGAAAUUGGGAUACGUGCGCUGCCAGGACUUAAAGAAGUCCUUUGAUUCCCCGGACCAGCUGGUCAUGGUGAUCAGGGCGCCACCGGAGACCCAGAUGCAGGUUUCAGAGCCCAGCAAGAGUUACCAGGUGUCGCUGAAGAGCACCCGGGGUCCCAUCGACGUCUUCCUCUGCCCAGAGGAAAGCUCCGGCGUCUGCAGCCCAGUGACCGGCGGUAGUCCCUCCAAACCCGACCCAUUGCUGGUCCCGCCUCCUGCGCGACCCACGGACCAAUCGCAAGCCAGAAACUCUACAGCAGCGCAAGACGAGACUUUGUUGUCACCGGCGUCACCGGCGUCCACGUCGUCCACGGCGACGGCGGCCUCGCAGCACGACCCCUCGUCACUGGUGUUAGGCGGCGACGCAGAAUCGCUGCUGGGAGGCGACCCCUUCUCCGGCCUCGGCGAAAUGCCCGAUUUCAACCUCUCGCCCAUCUCCUCCUCGGACUUCCUGAACGCCGACGGAAUUCCUCUCCCACUGGACGGUUUCAUCAACCUGUCCCCCCCCCACAGUCACGACUACCACUUUGGACUAGAGGACCACGAAGGCAUCAGUGAACUGUUCAACUGCGACUUUGACGACCUGUCGCAAGUACUGGGCGACGCUUAGAUGGAGGGGGGCCUCUCAAUCUAACACUCGUCCUGUUACCUGGGGCGUCUAGAAGGGGGCUCGACGUCCACAUUUCUUUGGCAAAAUAUCUGUCAAAACUCCAAACCUGAUGUUUUAGUUGUGCGGCGUGGGGGGAAAAAUGAUUUGUGGGUAAAUUCCUGUUCUCCCCCAAAUACGACCCUGAUUCCAAAAUCUCUAUAUUCUAACUUAUCUUUGGCCAUCUGACUAGACAAAUAAUUUAGCUUCAGUACUGCUAUUUAAAUUAUUUAUGUGAAUGUUAUUUUGAUCAUUUGUUUGUGUGUUUAUUGCUAAUGUUGAAUCCAGGUAGGACUCGUAGGCUGGUUUUCUUCCCACACAAUAGUUUACAUGCGACAUCCGGUCGACGCGUCUCUGUCCGAAGGCGAAGAGGUUUGGAUCCCGCGGGACGCUUCAGAGCGGCGGCCUUGAAAGCACAGACGUUUCUCCGUGGAUAAAUACCAGAGGUGUCAAGUAACGAAGUACAAAUGCUUCGUUGCCUUACUUAAGUAGAAAAUUGGGGUAUCUAUACUUUACUGGAGUAUUUAUUUUUCAGACGACUUUUACUUCUUCUCGUUACAUUUUUUACGCAAAUAUCAGUACUUUCUACUCCUUACAUUUUAAAAAUAGCGUCAUUACUUCCGUUUCAUUUUGGCUUGCUUUCAUUCCGGCUUUCGUCGUCGCUCAAAAACACACAAAAAAACCCCUGUCCAGAUAAAUUGCGCCAUCCGGAUAGAAAUAUUGUGAUUGUGGUUGGAUGAGAAGUAUAAACAUUUACCAUUCAGACACCCUAUUGGUGUUCUCCGUAUGCACCUGCAGAUCAGAGUGACGGCAGGUGUGAAAAGUGGUCGGUGGUAGUCAGAACGGCGGGUUCCGGGUUCCCCCGGUGGUCGGUGGUAGGAUCCUUUUUCAUCUUAGUUGGGUAUUUAGUGACAUGGACCCGCCUCCUUCUCCUCAUGCAGAUUCCAUGUAAUGUUAAAUGAGUGUCUUCAUGACCAGGGGUUUGCCGUAAAUGUUUUUUUCUAACUUUAUUGAGAAUUUGAGACAACACAGCGAAGCAGCGCAGCUUGUACUGGUUUUUGAAACCAGUACUUUUAUACUUAAGUCAUACGCUUGAGUUGAUACUUCUACAGAAGUCUUUUUAAACCCUUGUAUCUAUACUUCUACUUGAGUAAUGAAUGUGAAGACUUUUGACACCUCUGAUAAUUACGGACGGAGGCGGGGACUCGAGGUGUCCCGCCUCGUCCUAAGGACUGGUCUCCAGGAACAAAUUAACGAGGUAGUGAUGAAACGGCUUAAUGUUCAUCUAUCAUUUUCCAAACUCACUGAUAACUGCUUUUACGGGGUUGUAUACUUAUAUUUAUCUGAUUUGCAUUACUCUUCAAAUAAGCGGUAACCCAAAGGGCUACUGUGACUUUUUCAACGCGUGUGUGAUUUAUUUUUAAAAGAAGCGUGUUUGAAAGAAGGGUUUGAAGCAAAGGGUCCAGAUGAGGUUUCGUUGGCGUGGAGGAGAGCAGGUGGCGAUGGUUGUUAGUGACUAACAGCUAACAGGAACGCGUCCUUCUUUAUUAGUUAGCUCAGGUGUUCAGAGAGGAGGCGAGUCUUAAAUCAGAGUGUAGCUGUGUUCGAUGCGUUUGGUUGCGUAGGUUGAUGAUAGUUUUUGUGCAGGUUUAGAUGAGUGUGUUGAAGACACAGCGUGCUUUUAGGAGUUUUUUGUUGUACUUUUAGGGGUCAAAGCAGGAGAAGUUCACCAUAUGCCUGUAAUCUUACUACCCCCCUCCGGCGUGUUCUAAAUUAUGUACGUUAACAUGUGUGUUUGGGUUUUCAUUGUUGGAGCGUCAGGGCUUGAUGUGUGUGCGUUGUUUGUUGAAUUUCCUAUUUAUAUUUUUUUAAAAGCGUUUGUGGUUCAUAGAAAAGAAUUGUACAGAAUUUUGCAUUCAUUUUGUGGGAGGGAGUGACUCGCACCGAUGCGUUUCUGUGGGGAAUCCAAACAAAUCAUGAAUUGAUAAAUGUGUCCUUCAGUGGCGAAAAUAACUGUCCUGUAAAUACCAGUAGCACCUUUUUUUUAAUGUUUUGCCAUGUUUGUUUGUUUUCUUUCCUUAGAGAACGUACUCCUACUUCGUUGCACGUGCAACCUUUUCAUUGGCCAAUGAUUCAUACAAAUAAUCAGGAAUAUAUUUAGUCGUUUUGACCGGUCCGACCUACGUGAAACAUGAUAAUUUCAGACUGUCUCUGGUCGGUUUAAUGACAGACAUCUCCCCGUGUCGCUGAUCUGAGGUUGUACGUGUGUUGUCGUGUCAUCUUUUUGUGCGUCAAACUGUCGUGAGAAUGUGGGAACAACUUAUUGCUCCAUUUCUCUUGCUCCCUUUCCCAUUCGCUGGUCAGAUCCAGUGCAUAAUAAGAGAAGAAAUGUUCACCCGGCAGGUGAUAUGAGCCUCUAAACUGUCAGUUUGUGACCCUCGGAUCGUAUCAUAUUUGUGCUCUCUCUCUCUGCGUUUAACUUAAUCGAGGUUGAACGGAAGCAGUUCUGUUCUAUUUCUCUGCAGCACUUAUGCGUCGCCGUGAAACUUAAAUUAUUAAUGAAAACUCAAAUCGGGAUUUUGUUUGUGCGCAGAAGUGGUGAAAGAAUGCACUGUUUUGUUUGUGUGUGUGUGUGUGUGUGUGUGCGUGCAUGUGUGCGUACGGACGCUGUGGAAAUAAAAUUUCAGAAAAACCCCUAAAAACUGGGAAUCGGGCUGCUUAGAGUUCCUCAUUAAAUAUAUACGCCAUUUGAUCUUUGUGUGUUUUCCCACUUAACUGCUUCAGUGGGCCCCUUUUGUUUCAGAUGCAGUCUUUUCAAACUAGAGAAAUGUCUUUAGACAACAAAUGAUCUAAAAGUAACAAAUAAAUCACCGUUGGCUUCUGGUUUCACUCGCGACACAAACAGGUGUCUCCCUCUGCAGUCUUUGCGUACUUCCUGGUUGAUGGUUGAAGGGGUUACAUGCGUCCAUAACUGACCUUCUUUAUGUGUCACUGCUGGAUGCAAAAAAGUAAGUGCAAUCAAUUCUUGAGUGUUUCAGUCGCUGUUCCAAGUGCUUUUAAGGGAAAUUAGGUUCUCCUGCAAUUUAAAAAUCAAAGUUAUUUUGUGGUUUAUUUUGGAGAUUUUAUAUGACUACAUAUUGGGUAAAAAAAUGUUUUUACUUAAUUAAUUGUCCCUGAUAUGCCCUUUUUGUAUAACAAUUUUUUGGAAUAAAAAUUAAAAAUGAA